CUCGGCGCUUUCUAGUCUCGUGUACGCAAGUCCUCUUUCGCUUUCUGCUCUUGACAGCUUUUAUUUAAACCUGGUUGUUUCUGCAUUCUUUUUGUGCAUACGGAAAUAUUUUAUAACUGUAUUUUUGAAGAAAAAAAGUCAAAGUUUUUGACGGCAAUAGGAUUUUACAACCAUAUCCGAUAUUUAAAUCGAUACUUUGCAAAACAACACCAUGAAGAGUAUGGAGUGCCUUGUGGUUCUGUCACUUGUUGCGGGUCUGUUCGUCAGUUUGAGUUUCUCAGCACCAACAAGUCAAGUCUCCAGUCAUCAAAAAGAGAAUGCACACAGAUUCCGGCGCGAUCUGGGUAUGAGCUCGUGGAACGUGAUCCGCCCCUGGGAGUCGAGGACGCCCUGCUCUCACCGGAUGUGCUGGUCCGACGACGACUGCUGCCGAGGCUUCGUCUGCGUCGGCAUCAGCGACUGGCGGGACAUGGCGAUGCCCGGCACGUGCGCCAAACACGAGUCGGAGUUCGCCAAGAUCCUCGAGAACAGCAUCGACUGGGCGUAAUGGAAACCGGUUACCGGUAUUGAAAAACAACCGGUUACCGACAAUUAAGGAAAAAGAAAAGAAAACAAGAAAACAAGCAGUUACCAAUAUUACAGAAACAAGAAAUUACUAGUAUUUAAAAAAAAUCCGGUUACCGGCAUUAAAAGAAAACCGGUUACAAACAUUUUAAAAAACCGUUAUCGGCAUUAAGAAAAACAAAACAAAAACAACCAAAAAACCCAAGCAGUUACCAAUAUUACAAAAAAAAAAAGAAGAGAAAUGUCUGGUAUUUACAAGAAUAUUUCGGUUACCGGCAUUAAAAGAAAACCGGUUACCGACAUUAAAGAAUGCCGAUUAUCCGCAUU